GUGCAAGGACAGGGAUUUCCCUGAAAUGAAAGUGGAAGCAAACCCUGCGCUCAGAUCUGCGUUAAAUGCAUUUCAGUCCCUGGUGGGGAAGAGCAAAGCCCCUCAGAAGGUAGAAGCAAGAGUUUAGUCCGGGUGGACUCAGCCACUUUGUGUCCAGCUCUGAAGGCUCGGCUCCUGCCAACCAGUUUCCAGACCAUGUCAGUGACUGAAGAUACUGCAUUCUGCAAUGGGAGCCUGUUCCGCUUCCUUUGGGAGGAGCAGGCCAGCCUCAAGAUGCGGCUGCAGGAGCUGAAAAGGAAGCUCAGCAACUGCCCCCCAGACAAGGUCCCAUUCCCAGUGCCUGAAGUCCCACUGGUAUUCCGAGGACAAAUUCAGCAGGGCAGGGAAGUGCCCAAGUCUUUGGUUUCCAACUUGCGGAUCUGCUACCCCCUGCCUGGAGGCUCUGCUCUGGUCAACUUUGAUGACCCCAAGGUGGCCACUCAGGUGCUACAACAAAAGGAGCAUAAGAUCGACCUUGAAGAGUGCCGGCUACGUGUGCAAGUCCAGCCCUUGGAGCUGCCUGUGGUGACCACUAUCCAGGUGUCCAGCUAUAUGAGUGGCCAGAAAGUGCUGGUCAGUGGGUUUCCUGCUGGACUCAGGCUGAGUGAGGAGGAGCUGCUGGACAAGCUGGAGAUCUUCUUUGGCAAGACCAAGAAUGGGGGUGGUGAUGUGGAAACUCGGGAACUGCUACAUGGGGGUGUCAUGAUGGGCUUCGCUAAGGAUGAAGUGGCCCAGAACCUGUGCCGGAUUGGUCAGUUCACAGUGCCACUGGGUGGGCAGCAGUGCCCUCUGAAAGUGUCUCCCUACAUGAGUGGGGAGAUCCAGAAGGCUGAGAUCAGGUCCCAGCCAAUGCCCCAGUCGGUGCUGGUGCUCAACAUUCCGGAUGUCCUGGACGGCCCGGAACUGCACGACAUCCUGGAGAUCCACUUCCAGAAGCCCACCCGUGGGGGAGGGGAGGUGGAGGCCCUGACAGUCGUACCCCCAGGACAGCAAGGCCUGGCGGUCUUUACCACCAAGUCCUGCUAGAAGCUUGCCCUAGUCAACACCCUCCACCCUUCUUCCAAGGUACCAAAACCAGGCUUGGGUCGGGAGCACGCGGAUAAGAGAGACCAUGCUGGUCAACAGCAGGCAGGGACUCCGAAUUGUAAAACGCUGCCCUGAACAGUAAAAGUGCCUGC